AUGAUAACAAAGACUCCAGCGCAGGCCUAUGGGCGCGUUGCGCUAAGCGACCUUACUCCCUCCCAGAUAUCUCAAUGGACUGUUCGAGCUGUGGCAGGAAGAUUGCGGUAUUUCGAUCACUCACGAACGCUAAAUGAAGCGUCUGAUAUCGCGGCCACCGUAUCGCGGCUGCCGGCGGCGACGCUAGAAGACCGCGUGAACGUUGGCUUACGUUGCAAUGCAUGCGAAGUUUCUGCCUUCGCGUCUCUGGACGAGCAGUAUAUUCACUUCAAGUCUUCGGCUCACUGCCUCAACUUGAAGAGAAGAGCAAAGGGGCUUUCGAGUUUUUCCGAGCAAGAAGCACUGCAAUAUUUGCAAAUGCAGAGUAUCGCAAAGGAAACUGAGGGCUAUGAAUCUGCGUCUUCAACUUCAUCAUGUUCAGAUAAGGAGGAGGAUGAGAGGGAGGCGAUGACGAUGGAGCCUGUCGUCGAGUUUUCGGACGGCACGAGCGUGUUUAAGGUCUUUAAGAAUAUUUUACCUGGGGCGGAGGACGAAAAUUUUAACCCACACACUUCACUGAACAGAGUGUGCGCGUCCAAGUUCCGGUGGGCGGUUUUCUUACUGCGUAGUGGACGCUUUGCUGGAGCUGUGUUUGACAAAGACAAAGCCUUGUGUCACAAGACGUUCCAAAGAUACACGACAAGACGAAAGCAGGGUGGUGCGCAGUCAGCUAGCGAUGCAAAUAAAAAGGCCAAGUCAGCUGGUGCGACGCUGCGUCGGUACAAUGAAGUUGCGCUGAAGCAAGACGUGGCUACGUUGCUCAUGGAGUGGAAGGAUUUGCUUACAAAUGUAGAGUUGAUAUUUAUCUCUUGUGGAAAGGCAGAGCGUGCGACUUUUUUUCCAGCAAAGAAUCCGGUGCUGCAGUUAGGUGACAAAAGGUUAAAGCGAAUUCCGUUUGCUACUUUUCGACCGACGUUCGAGGAGGUGUGCCGAGUGCGCUCGGACCUUAGCAGUGUACGGAUCGUGCCGCUUCCGAUAGAACCUAUACUACCCACAACCAAAAAAGUGUCGAAAAAGAAGAAACUGAAGCAGAUAAGCGAGUCUCUAUCCACACUUGAUGUGAAGACGAAUGUUGAUGUUGUAAAAGAUGAGAAGGAAGUACCACAGAUUAUUCAGUUAGUGAAUGAUGGUGACUUUCUGGGCUUCAAGGAGCUGAUAUCCAGGAUGGAGGAAAAGGAUAUCGAAAUCAACUCGGUGGAUGCUAAGUCCAUGACGGCCCUUCAUCACGCUGCUGCAAAGGGCACAGUGUCAAUGGUUGAAUAUCUGCUAAAUCAAGGGGCUAAUCCUGCUUUGUUGGACCUCCAUGGUCGACCACCAUACUUCUUGUGCAACUCGAAAGACACACGAAAUGCAUUUCGCCAAUACAUGGGUGAGCAUCCGAAUGCGUGGGAUUACGUAAUGGCGCGGAUCCCUGAGGUUCUUACUAGUGAUAUGGAACAGCGUAAGAAAGAAAAAGAGGCUGAAAAGCGUAAGCGAGCAAAAGAGCGCAAAAAGCAGCAGAAAAAAGAAGCUGCAGAGCGCAAACGAUUACAAAUCGAGCAACAGGAGGAGCUAGAACGUAAAAUUGCAGCAGGCUUGGCCUGUGAUCUCUGUGGCAAUUAUGCUGGUAAGUCUCCUUUUACCCGAUUAGAGUUUAAAUACUGCUCGACGGACUGUGUCAACGGGCACAAACGUCAACUUAUGAGUGAAGCAGCUCUGCGUCGACUUGGGGUUAGUAAAUAG